UUCUUCUUCAUCACUUUCCCAUUUCCAUUUUCUUUCUGAAAAAAAAAAAGAGAAGAAGGAUGAAGUUCUCAGAGAUGAAACUCCAGGCGAUGAAUGCUGUGAAAUCGUACUUCAAUAGGAAUUGGAGAAGAGAAGACCUGAUGAAUUCUGGAAGAGUUAACCGGCACGCUCACAGAAGAUUGAAGGGGGUGUAUCUUACUUUCUUCAAUGUCAUGUUGAGCUCUACUGUUGGAUCCUACUUGCACUUGUUCUGGGAAGUGGGAGGGCUGUUCACAGUCCUUUGUUCUGUAGCAAGUUCACUCUGGCUUUACUUCACACCAUCAUGGAGAGUGAAUCAAAGGGUCUCACUAUUGAUGAUUGCUGCCUUUUGCUUCGGUGCUUCUGUUGGCCUUUUAACUAAAUAUCUCUUCGAAAUGCAUCAAAACUUUGUUGCCAGCUUUUACGCAGGUUCAACAAUCGGCAUUGGAAUUUUCUCGUUUGGAGCACUGAUAACAAGGGAAAGGAGCGACAUCUAUCUCGGUUGCCUGCUUUAUUGUUGUCUUCUAAUGUUCUCAAAUUUGUUUAUGAAUGUCUUUUUUAUCCUUGACAGCUACACAGUCCAAGCGAUGUUAAAGGUAACCGCUGUACUGAUAUUGUUCAUGGGGUACUUUGUGGUAUAUAGCCAAGAGAUACUGUACGAUGCUCGCUGUGGAUAUAUCGACUUUGUCAAUCGUGCACUCACUGUCUUCUUCAAUUUACCGGGUAUAGUGCUCCAUGCUGCAAGACUAUACCUUACCUUUGGUGCAAAAAUUGAGAAAAGCGGACAUAAGAUUUCCUCGGGAGUAGAAUAAAUAGAGUAUAGAAUGCAGAUGGGGAACUGUAAAAUGUAAAUGAUGAAAUGUAUUCCUUUUCGGCUACAUUUUACUCAUUGAAUUUGGAAUAGUGCUUUGAAUAUUUCUUGGCAAAUACUGAUUGCUGAUUACCUUACCACACAUA